AGGUGUGACUCUUUAAAGUCCUGCCUGAUGCACGUUCCCUGUGGACAAGUGUGUCUGAACCGCUUUAACCAGCUGCUAAAAGACAACAACUUCACCGUACCCAAAGUGCACCCUAUGCCACAACUGCCUAAAGGACUAUCCCAGAUCACCCAACAGCUGCCCUUUUUAUCUACUGGACUAAACCAGCUACCUCAACAAAUCACACAAAUACCCCAGCACAUCUCCCAGCGGGUGCCCAAACUCCCGGCACACCUUCCAUCCUUUCCACAGAAACUCUCUACAUUCCCUCAGCAAUUCUCCAGCAGAUUACCUCAAGGACUUUCAAAUCUUCCACAGCAACUGUCUGCUUUUCCACAAAAUCUCUCCAACAUUCCUCAGCAUCUUUCCAACUUUCCCCAUCACAUAUCCAGCGUUCCCCAACACUUAUACAGCUUUUCCCAGCGUGCCCGCCAGUGCUGCUCUACCGUUCAGAACCGUUUGAGUGGCGUCACACCACAGCAGGAUGUCUAAACCUCAUCAGGAAUGUAAGGACUUGGAGCUGGACCGUCUGGUCCGUCAAUCUCCCCUUCAAACCCCAUGCACCCCGUCCCCUUCCUCACCAGGCUCUGCUCUGGACCUGCCGAACGUGCCUUCCUAUUCCCGACUUCCCCCCAUCUGCCCAUCACGCCAACUCUCGGGUCUCUCCAACCCUGCCUUCGAUGUUGAGAAUAAGACCACCUCCGCAAGACCUUCAGCUAGUUCCAGACUAAGCAUUCAUCCGUCCGUAAAUGUGGAAGACAUCGACUCAGACAAUGAACAGCAAGGCAAAACAUCUAACAACAUGCCACAGAUCAUCACCUCACACGACCCCAAUCUCAAAACUCUCACUGUUCCAGGACCACCCAAGCCAAGCCGAACCAGAAAGAAGCUGUAUUCUUCAGGAGAUGAGGAAGAUGAGGAGCUGGAGCCCACAGUUAGGGCCUGGGCAAGUCAGAGCAGCAUUACAAGUGCUGAUGAUGGGCUGAAAGAGCGUCCGUCAUCAGCAGCCAGUCAAGCGAGCACAAUGGUAAACGAACGGCUGCAGGAACUGGUCAAACUAUUUAAAGAGAGAACAGAGCGCGCCAAGGAGAAACUCAUCGAUCCUGAUGAGAAUGACGACACACCACCUGGCUCUCCAGUGCCUCCUCCUCCUCCUGAGCCACCAAAAGAACCAGCACCUGAAGAGGAGGUCCAGGCUCCUUUUACUGAGGAGGUUGUGCAACAGGAACAGUACAUCAAGCUGCUGUGCUUUAAGGUGAAGCCUCAGUCCAGGAUCGGACACCUACUUCAGAUCCGUUUCCCAGCUAGCAUCGAUCCGUUUACCAGUCUGUUGUACGUCCUGUGGCUGUUCUUUGUUGCUUUGGCCUGGAACUGGAAUGUAUGGAUGAUCCCAGUGCGCUGGGCUUUUAAAUUUGGGACUACUGGACAAGAUUGCUACCUGUAUCUCAUUGCUGACUACUUGUGUGAUAGCAUCUACAUCCUGGACAUUCUGCUGUUCCAGCCACGCCUGCAGUUUAUUCAAGGUGGUGACAUUGUGAGUGACAAAAAAGAAAUGAGAAACAAUUACAUGAAAAAUCUGCGCUUCAAAAUGGAUCUGAUCAGCCUUAUUCCCCUAGAGCUGUUCUAUCUCUUAAUAGGAUUCCAACCCCUUUUACGAUGCCCUCGGCUACUAAAGAUCUUGUCUUACUUUGAGUUUAACGUCCGACUGGAGGCAAUUUUGACCAAGGCCUAUGUUUACAGAGUCAUUCGCACCACUGGCUACCUGCUGUACGCCCUUCACUUCAAUGCCUGUCUUUAUUACUGGUUUUCUGACCUAGAAGGCAUAGGCUCUUCAUCAUGGGUCUACAAUGGAAUCGGCAAUGCGUACAUCCGGUGUUACUAUUUUGCUGUGAAGACUCUGAUUACUAUUGGUGGACUGCCCGAACCGACCAAUCUCUUUGAGAGACUUUUUCAGCUUGUCAACUACUUUGCUGGGGUAUUCAUCUUCUCCAUUAUGAUAGGACAGAUGAGAGACGUGGUGGGUGCAGCCACAGCUGAUCAGACGCACUACCGCUCAUGCAUGGACAAUACAGUCAAGUACAUGGGCUCCAACCGCAUCCCCAAAGAUGUGCAGAAUCGGAUUAAGACUUGGUACAACUAUACUUGGCAGUCUCAGGGCAUGCUGGAUGAACAGGAGUUGCUUAUGCAGUUACCAGACAAGAUGAGGCUGGAUAUAGCAGUGGAUGUCAAUUACUCUAUUGUCAGCAAAGUCCCACUCUUUGAGGGCUGUGACAGGCAGAUGAUCUAUGACAUGCUGAAAAGACUUAAAUCAGUUGUGUACCUUCCUGGAGACUAUGUCUGCAAAAAGGGUGAGGUGGGCAGAGAAAUGUACAUCAUAAAAUCAGGAGCUGUGCAGGUGGUUGGUGGUCCAGAUGGAAAGACCGUGUUUGUGACACUAAAGGCAGGAUCUGUGUUUGGUGAGAUCAGCUUACUAGCGGUCGGAGGAGGAAACCGGCGGACUGCCAACGUCAUAGCACAUGGCUUUGCCAACCUCUUCAUCUUAGAAAAAAAGGGCCUCAACGAAAUUCUGGUGCAUUAUCCUGAGUCUGAGAAGCUGCUCCGCAAGAAAGCAAAGAAGAUGCUGGCAGAUAAAAAGCCAGAGAAAAAGGAAGAGAAGGAGCCAGUGCCGGUGAUCCCCACAAGAACCAAGACCCCCAAACUGUUAAAGGCAGCACUGGAAAUGAAAGAGAAAUCAGGUCUCCGAGGUGCAAUGGCCAAAAUGAAGGAGAAAAAGAACAACAGGUCCUGUGUCUCACUGCAGCCAUCUGUUUGUUCCUCUGUGCUGCCAGGCUCUCCGAUCCACAGGCCUCAUUCAGAGCAGGAGCCCGAUAUACUUUCCCAGGUUUCGGACAGCACCAUACCGGGACCCCCUGUUAGCCCCUCCUACCUUGACAGUGAUAGGCACUCAGUGCAGGAAGGGCCACCACCAAACAGGAGAGAAAUAGUGGGAAAGGAGAAGAUGGAUGAGGAUUAACAUAGAACAAUCAUUGAAACAUCUAGGGUAAAUUCGGUGGUUUGCUGUUGUUAGUGGGUAAUGAGAGUAUGAAGGGUCGGCUGGGUCAUUUUUAUUUUUAAUGCUUCUUUAAAAUUUAGUCUUAUAUCAAUUUGUUUUCCAGUUCCAGUGCUGGUGCUGGUUGUUCUCACAACUGGCUAGGCUAUGCAACCUCAAUUUUUAGAAUAAUGUUUGGGGUUACAGUCUAGUUGAAAAGUUCAGAUUUAGUUUCUUGACGUUGUGUGGUGGAUCGUCCCUUAGUGCAUCCUGGUGGUGAAAAUGAUUUAUAUGAAAUGUGGUGUUUUUUGGAGAAAACAGUUGGACCAGUCAUCUUUUCUCCAUUGCUUUGAUGUCCAGUCCCAAUGCCUAUGUGCCCAGUGUAAGUGCUUAUAAUGAUGGACAGGGGUUAGCAUGAGCUAUCUGAUUUGCCUACGACUACACUGUGUUCUACUCCCCUCAUCACCAGUCAUUUGAGCCACAGUAGCCCUUUUGUUGGUCCGUAUCAGAUGGCAUAGCCUUCACGUACCCUGGCAUUAAUGAUUCUUGGCGACUCGUGACUUGUCCAUUUUCCGAGCCGUAGUGGAUCAGCACUACGGCUGCCUGUGAGCAUCCCUUGCCUUUUUAGAGAUAUUUCGGCCCUGUCAUCUGACUAUAACGAUAUGAUCCCUGUAAAAGGUCACUCAGGCAUGUAUCCUGGCCAAAUCUGCAGCAUUCAACACGUGAACUACAAGUAACUACCAUCAGCUGGGCAAUGGAUUGGCACCCUGUCCAGAGUAUUCCUCCCUUAUGCCCAGUGUUUCCCGGUAAAACCUAAGCUGCCUCAAACCUGUCAGGGAUAAAGUGGUUAAUGAAAAUGAAAUGGAAAUAAAAAAAACUAGUCAUCAGGAAACACAUUUGAAUAUGAAUUUGUUUUUGAUGGAGUUCAAGUCCAUCAGCAGAAAAAUGUGAGCAUUUUAAUAAUCACAGUUAGGAAAGUAAGCACUAACCUGAACACACUUCACUCAUUAAUUGUGUCUGAAAUUAUAAGAAUAUGAUAAUAAAAGCUGUAAAAAUGUAAACUUUAAGCAGAUCUCUCUCCUUUAUAACAUCCAGAUGUAGGAAGGGCCCCGCCAAUAAUAAUAAUAAGGAAAAAUGUAGCAGAUUUUUAUUAACAAGAAACAGAUGCUUUUACAAGCUGCCUUAUUCAUACAAUAUUUAUAACUGUAUUUUU